AGAUUCAGUUGUGCGCCAAGCUUAGCUUCGGCCUCUUCGCUUCACUCCGCUCCGUGGGAACUCCGCUGUGGCACCUGAUAUCGUCCAUAUUAUCGCGCCGUUUAUUUUGAUAACUGCUUCUGCGGUCGGUCUGUAAUAUUGUUGUAGGCCAAACAUUAUCCGGAAAUCACUGACGACGUCUUGAGAAAGGACUAACAAGGGUCCGAUUGCGCAACGAAAAUGCUGAAGCCAUCGAUUAUCUGCCUCUUUUUGGGCAUUUUGGCGAAAUCAUCGGCGGGCCAGUUCUACUUCCCCAACGAGGCGGCCCAGGUGCCCAACUAUGGGCGCUGCAUAACGCCAAAUCGGGAGCGGGCGCUGUGCAUCCAUCUGGAGGACUGCAAGUACCUAUACGGCCUGCUGACCACCACCCCGCUCCGGGACACAGACCGGCUUUACCUGAGUCGCAGCCAGUGCGGCUAUACGAACGGCAAGGUGCUCAUCUGCUGUCCGGACCGCUACAGGGAGAGCUCAUCGGAGACGCCCCCGCCGCCCAAGCCCAAUGUAACCAGCAACAGCCUUCUGCCGCUGCCAGGACAAUGCGGCAACAUCCUGUCCAAUCGCAUUUACGGCGGAAUGAAGACCAAGAUCGACGAGUUCCCCUGGAUGGCUCUAAUUGAAUACACCAAAAGCCAGGGUAAGAAGGGUCACCAUUGCGGGGGCUCCUUGAUCAGCACGAGAUAUGUGAUCACAGCCUCGCAUUGCGUCAAUGGAAAGGCGCUGCCCACCGACUGGCGGUUGUCCGGUGUUCGUUUGGGCGAAUGGGAUACCAACACUAAUCCCGAUUGCGAAGUGGAUGUGCGCGGCAUGAAGGACUGCGCGCCACCGCAUCUGGACGUGCCCGUGGAGCGCACUAUACCCCAUCCCGACUAUAUACCGGACUCCAAGAACCAGGUCAACGACAUAGCCCUGCUGCGUCUGGCCCAGCAGGUAGAGUACACCGACUUUGUGCGUCCCAUUUGCCUGCCCCUGGACGUAAAUCUGCGGUCGGCCACCUUCGACGGCAUCACCAUGGACGUGGCCGGCUGGGGCAAAACGGAGCAGCUGUCGGCCAGCAACCUCAAGCUUAAGGCAGCCGUGGAGGGUUUCCGUAUGGAUGAGUGCAAGAACGUCUACAGCAGCCAGGACAUUCUCCUCGAGGACACACAGAUGUGUGCCGGCGGCAAGGAAGGCGUCGACUCCUGUCGCGGUGACUCCGGGGGACCGCUCAUCGGCUUGGACACCAACAAGGUGAACACCUACUACUUCCUGGCCGGCGUCGUGUCCUUUGGACCGACUCCGUGCGGUCUGGCCGGUUGGCCAGGAGUUUACACGCUGGUGGGGAAGUACGUUGAUUGGAUACAAAACACUAUUGAGUCCUGAUUGUAAAAUGUCCUUUUGUAAAUAAAUUCGACUAACGGCUUCCGUUUAAAAAUUGCUUUAAA